GCCACGCGAGCGCGUCAGCCACAGUAGAUUGACUUCUUCAGCCUCAACAGUAUCUACACCUACCUAGGUACAUAUCUUGCCCCCGGCCAACGCCCAACUAAACCCAUGUAGGCUUAACAAGGCAGCCUCACAGUUACGACACACAGCUACAGCCUUCUGCCGUCACCUAAUCAGUGCUGUCACCGAUUCACACAUCAUCCAUACCUCCCUCGUAUCAAAUCACUGCAUACCUCUCCUCCACGCCCGGACACGGCCCACGCACGUAACUGAAUACUCCAGCUUCAAUCUCAAAUCAUCGGCGCUAGGGCUGUCUGUCUCUCUGGUAAACAAUGCCGUCUACUACUGCGGAGACGCUCUCGUUCGUCAGCAGAAAUGUCACCGUCGCACCCCUCGUUUUAUUGUCCGUCGUGGAUCAUUACAACCGAGUAGGCAAGGGAACACGCAAGAGAGUCGUUGGUGUAUUACUUGGCCAGAAUGAUGGAAAGAACGUCCGGGUGUCAAACAGUUUUGCAGUGCCCUUCGAGGAAGAUACCGAUGACCCUUCGGUCUGGUUCCUCGAUCAUAACUAUGUGGAGAAUAUGAACGACAUGUUCAAGAAGGUCAACGCACGAGAGAAGUUAAUAGGCUGGUACCACUCCGGACCCAAGCUCCGCGCUUCCGAUCUGGAGAUCAACGAGCUCUUCAAACGAUACACACCGAAUCCUUUACUUGUCAUUAUUGAUGUCCAGCCCAAGGAGUCCGGCGUACCAACAGAUGCGUAUUUUGCUGUGGAAGAGAUCAAAGACGACGGAACAACUACAUCGAAAACAUUCGUACAUACACCAUCCACUAUUGAGGCUGAGGAAGCCGAAGAAAUCGGCGUCGAGCACCUCCUCAGGGAUAUCCGUGAUGUCGCCAUCGGCACCCUAUCAACUCGCAUCACAAAUCAGCUGCAAUCACUACAAGGACUGCACCUACGUUUGCGCGAAAUCCAGACAUACUUGCAGAAGGUACAAGACAAACAAUUACCGGUGAAUCAUGCUGUUCUCGGAAACCUCCAGGAUAUAUUCAACCUUCUCCCCAACCUCUCCACGCCGAAGCCAGGUGGUGAUUCAAAGAGCUCCAACGUUGGUGAAUUAGGUUAUGCAAUGAGCGUCAAGACGAACGAUCAGCUGUUAGCGAUUUACCUCAGUAGUCUGAUUAGAGCCAUCACCGCUUUCCACGACCUCAUUGAAAAUAAGAUUCAAAACAGACAGCAACAAGAAGAGAAGGAAGCGAAGAAAGAAGAAGCUGCUGCGGAGAAGGAGAAGAGCGAAAAGGAGAAAAAGGAAGCCAGUGCGAACGGUUCUAGUACUGACUCGGGGGAUAAAACUUCCGACAAAGAAAAGAAGAAAUAGAGCGUUCCCAAACUGAACGUCCAUACCGAGAUACUACAGAGCGGCACGAAAUGAGCAGCGAUCAAAGCCUUGCCUGGGGCGACGGUGACAUUGUAUAAUAUCCUGGCUUCGAUCAAAAGGAGAUCAAGAGCCGCCUAGACUGGGCGGACAGGUUCUAGGCUAAUAGACAAUAAACCAGGCACGAGUGACGAAUAACAAGCCAGUUUUGUUCUUACAGCACUUCAGUCGUGCCCUAGCUUCAUAUAAUAC